UUAGAAGACCUAGCAAGCCAAACAGUUUUGUUUAACCCAAUCAACAUGAAGGCUUUCUUUGCUCUGGUGCUCCUGGCCAUUGCCGCCUCUGCUCAGGCAGGUCGCACCCUCGACCGCUGCUCCUUGGCCCGUGAGAUGGCCAAUCUGGGCGUUCCUCGUGACCAGCUGGACAAGUGGACCUGCAUUGCCCAGCACGAGAGUGACUACCGCACCUGGGUGGUGGGACCUGCCAACUCUGAUGGAUCCAACGACUACGGCAUCUUCCAGAUCAACGAUCUUUACUGGUGCCAGGCCGAUGGACGCUUCUCCUACAACGAGUGCGGCCUCAGCUGCAAUGCCCUCUUGACAGACGACAUCACCAACUCCGUCCGUUGUGCCCAGAAGGUGCUCAGCCAGCAGGGAUGGUCCGCCUGGGCCGUGUGGCACUACUGCAGCGGAUGGUUGCCGUCCAUCGAUGAGUGCUUCUAAGCUGACUUUGACCCUGAAUAAAAUGAGUUCACAAUGAUAUAUGCUAA